AUGUCAUCUAUUUUCUGGCCAUGCGAUGUCGUAAGGAGCGGGUUCUGCUACGGGUGGGACCAUCCCGCACUAUGUGUAGCGGGUGUACUAGAUGUCGAGGAGGACUCACAUGCAGACGCUCUACUCCAACGUGUCGCUCGUUCCGAGGAAGCCCAAGCCCUGAUUAAAACUUGCGGUACUCCACGCGUUCUCGGACGUUGUCUAUUCAGCUCGUUCGUGAGGUCAUCAUACCCCCUACCGGAUGUCGAAAUGUUCUGCGGCCCCUCACGGGCAUGCUCUACUGCAUACAUAUACUACCAUCGUCAUGAUACAAAUUCUUUGAGGUUUUAUGCCUUGGGUUCGAAUGGAACACAUCUUUUCGAUCUUGAGGAUGAGGUCUUGCGCUCGAGCUUGAAGCACGAUUUUUCUCAUAUCGCGACACCGCCAUCGCAAAGCGCGUCGAAUACAGGGCAGAUUCUCUGGAACUCUGCGAAAUCUCUCGAGCACUUCCUAGAGCAUGAGCAACGUGCUCAGACUACCGUCAUCCAAGAGUCCAAUGCUCGCUUUCAAGAUUUUUCAACGUUUACGGCUAUCGAUAAGAAAAUCCAAUGUUUAAUCGACAGAAUCGAAAGUUCGACUAAUCUUUUCUGGCGUGUCACGUCCUUUGUCUUCAUCUAUUCGAGAGAAUUUAGCAUCAUAGUCCAGCAGAUUGAAUUCAGGGCGAGGAAGUUGCGUCGCUUGCUCCGUGGUGUGCAAGCUGUUCCAAAUGGGGACGUGGGCCUCAAGUCUUCUCAAUAUAUUGAGUUUUACAACACCCUUUGGAUCAUUUUGAAUGAUCUCAUCAUUGGGAUCGCGCUUCGUCAGUUUUUACGUCAGGACCCAGAGGCUUUUCUGCACUUUUUCAAGCUCACCUUCGAGGAUAAGGCCGUCCAUGAAAUACGACAGAUCCUUCUGUGGCUAGACAGCUGGCCUGCCGGCCUAAAGCUCAACACCGAGCUCAGCCGAUUCUACUCGCACAGCUUCAUGGGAUUGAUCGCGCUUUGGAAUAGAAUUUUCCGGAUCGUCAUACCUCUCCUUCCCAUGUUAUUCAGUGCACUUGAACUUGGGAGUGUAUUUGGGGUGACGAUGGCGCUCGCCAUGGCGUGUGAUAUCAUCUGCGUCUUUACGGCACAUGUACAACUGUGCUAUUUGGUCUCGGUGACCGUGUAUGGCCAUUUGUUACGCUUGGUGGCGUCGCUUUGGAAUCUUUUUCGAGGGCGACGACAAAACGUCCUAAGGAAUCGGACAGAUCCUUGGGACUACGAUGUUGAUCAGCUACUUUUUGGGACUAUUCUCUUCACUCUCGUCGCUUAUCUCUUUCCUACCGUUCUGGUGUACUACAUUCUAUUCGCUACAAUGCGUGUCUCGACCAUCUUAGUGUAUGCGAGUUUGGAGACGGCGCUUGCGUUCAUGAAUUAUUUUCCACUUUUUGCAUUGAUGCUGAGAGUCAAAGAUUCACAGCGAUCACCUGGUGACCUUUAUAUGAGGGUGAAAUCAACCAAGGGCGGAAAUGGCGUAGAUGUUUCUGUCGAGAGCCACCCAUUGCCUCUUGCUGUCACUUUCAGCCAGUAUGGUGCGUCUCCCUAA